CGCGGGAAAAUGGCAUAAAGUGCACCGGUGUGUCGCAUGUAAGAGCUCUCCAACUUGAUUUCCUGCAAUGAAAUGAACUUUUAACCAAACUAAAGUUUGAUUGAUCUUUCUUUUAAUAGAAAUUUCUAGUUUCAAAGACAACUUUGAUAAGUUAAAUAAGCAUUUGCCUUGCUUCUAAACUGCAUCUACCUCGACUUUUAAUUCAACUUCAACUCUACCCCUAUGUAAAAUUAUAUUGGUUAGUAUUACAGCUCAUUAUAUCCCUUCUUGACAUCACAUGCAAAGUUUAUUUCAAGAGAUUCUACAGUCUACACUACGUCAGCUGUGUCCAUGUGCAGCACAUCUUUUACUAUUCCACAAAGGCAAAUAACUCAUCUAAUUUAAAUCCAUGGCAUCUCAAUCUCCCAUCGGUUGUUCUUCUCAAUCUUCCUUCUUAACUGUUGACAAAAAACAUGAGAUAGAGAUGGAUAAUCUUCAAUAUCUGGCACCUGCUUCCAUUCUAACUCCAAGUCCUAGUCCUUUAUUGAUGCCAGUUGAUUCAAAUUGGAUGACACCCUCAGAAUAUCCUGUUCAUUCAUCCUCUACCCAUAUGAAAGCACAGUUUACUCGUGUAGCAUAUCCGAAUUCACAGGAAUCUGUUACGAAUGUUCCACCAAUUCGAGAAGUUGUAAUGCCAGAUCGUUACUCAGCAACAGCAAUGGAACAAGAAGUGAUGAUGGAGACCACUUUCCUUGAAGACUCCAUGUCCAAGAAGACCCCUGAUUUAUCUGAUUGGCAUUGCAGUCCACCUUUUCAAUUUGAGGAUGUGUCGGAAGAUGUUGACAUCUCUAACAAGGAUAUGCCAUUUUCCCAUUUCACGGAGAAACCUCAAAUACCUAACGUGAAGCUCGAGUCGCCCGCUAUUUGUGAAGACAUUUGUUGGGAAGGCAGCGCAUUUGAUCCACUCGAUGACAGUCGUCUUUGUUUUACCCAUUUCCUGGAACCUCAAGAUGUCAAAGAAAUGGAUCAAGAAAUGGAAAUGGAUCCAUUAUUCAUCACCACUGUUGCACCAAUUGCACCUCCAUUUCUCGUUGCUCCCGUCCUUAACCCACCGUUAGCCGCUGGGAAAAUAACUGCCAAUCCCUUUCUUCUUUCCGAUUUUCCCGAAACAACAACACCUCUUCAAGCAAAAAAACGAUUGAUCGAAACCAAUGUAAGCCAAUCUCCCAGAAAAUUAACAAAAAUGGCCCCGCAUGUUAUGCCUGUGAAAGUUGAAUUACUUCAACACAAUUCGCCGGUUUGGUUGGUGAAAUCUGAAUUCGAGGAAUCCAGUGUCAUUGAUCCCGACGAGAUUCGACUGCUUCCCUUCGCACCUUCACAUUUGGAAUCACCACAAGAAGCUACUACAAAAGUCCCAUUGAGUCGUCCUUCUACAUCUUCGGUACCAAAGUCAAAAGUUGACAUAGACGUGGAUGAAGAAGGUAAUUUAUUCGCCACCAUUCGUCUGAUUGCCCCAUCGCCUUCCAUCACAUCAAACAAACUUAAGGCAUCAAAGAAUGUUAACUGCAAAAACAAGAGGACUAGUAAUCACUUUGGGCACUCUGGAAAAAAUCCAUCAUCAAGGUUAAGCACAAAAAAAGAAACAAGAGCCAAAAAAGAGGACCCAUUUUCUGUCAAGAGUCUGAUGGCAAAGUUCAUUGAAGCUGCAAAAAAUAAAAAAAUCUCCUAACUUUGAUAACUAUAUAUGAUAAAACUUGGAGUUCCAUGUUUAUUUCAGAUUAUUUUAGUUUAUUUUUAUGUGUGCAUGAUUAGUUCGCCAAUGUGGAAUGUGAUGACUACUGAAACCCCCUAUCCCCAUAUUCCCCUUUGUCUUGCGUUUUUUGUUUGGAUCCUCGUUCAAGUAGUCAGUUUCGCGUUGAGUUACAAACGAACCGGUAUCGCAUCAAAAUGUUCGUCAUAGCUUUAUCUCCCAAGAUUUUAUAC